AUAUGCCAUCCCUUGGCCAAACAUUAGCAAGGACCUAGAGUACUAGAAAACGAUAGACUCGAGCAACACAACGAGAGAGCCAUGGCGAGAAUCUGGGUUCAACGUUCAUCUAUGCUACGAUCUCUACUUCGUCCUCAACAAUCUCGUCCUGUUUCUAUUCGAAUUCCGCCAUUAUCAUCCCUAGUUUCUCCUUCGAUUUCUCAAUUAUCUCAUCCCAUGCCGCUGUCUACCUUCACCAUUCCCACCGCUGCCUGUUGUUUUUCCUCUUCUUCCCUCGCUUCCAGAAGCUAUUCCUCCGACUCAGAGUUACCAUCGAAUGUGGUUUUGGUCAAGUCUGAUGAUCAAUUGAAUGCCUCUCUUCAGAAGGCGGAAGAUGAAUUGUCGCAAGCAAUCUUCUACUAUACUGCAGUGUGGUGUGGUCCUUGUCAAUUUCUGUGGCCAGAUAUGAAGAAACUGAGUGAAGGUUUGCCUAAUGUUAAGUUCUACAAGAUUGAUAUUGAUGAGGUGGGAACAGGACCUACUAUAAACAAGUUAAAUAUAUUUUCUGUGCCUACUCUCCACUUUUUUAAGAAUGGCAAGAAAGCUGCAGAAGUGGUUGGUGCUGAUGUGAAGAAAAUUAAGGAUAUAUCAUCUGCACUCUACAAGAUUUUUAGCUCAAUGCCGGAACAAGAUUUCCUUUGUCGGACUCUUACUUGUUCUGAAUCUCCAUGUCUCAAGAUGGAAGCACUUGCUCUUCACACUGAUUAUGCCGGAACUGAUAUUUACCUCAAAUUGGGUUUGAAAGAGCAAGAAAAAGGAGCAACGAGAACACCAAGGUUCUUGUCACUUUUAUCUUCUCUUCUAGAGCAUAUUGUUCAAAAGAAUGAUUUUUUGUUGGAGACAACCCAAAUUGAAGAUGUUCUCACUGUAUUUCAUGGUUCUAGAGCUCCACCUGUUAGCAUACAACAAUAUGUUGACCGAAUAUACAAGUAUGCAGGGUGUAGCCCAUCCUGUUUUAUUGCGGCAUACAUUUACGUGGAUAGAUACCUCCAACAGACGAAGACUUUUUUGACUUCCCUAAAUGUCCACCGGCUCCUAGCUUCUAGUGUUAUGGUGGCUGCAAAAUUUGUGGACGAUUCAUUCUUUAACAACGCAUAUUACGCCAAAGUUGGAGGUAUAAGCACUUCUGAAAUGAACAAAUUGGAGAUGAAAUUACUGUUUAGCGUUGAUUUUAGACUUCAAAUAAAUGUAGAAACAUUUAGGAAAUAUUGUUUGCUUUUGGAAAAAGAAUCCAAAGGAUGUCAAAUUGAUCGGCCGAUCAAGACAUGUUGGGUGAAAGGGAGUUGGUCAAGGAAUGAUGAAUGCGCAACCAAGACUCCGGUCGCUAGAUGAUGACUUGAUCAUUCCAAUUGUAUCCUUAGAAAAUUGUGUUGUAGGAGUAGAUGUAACAGUGUAAUUAUGUACAGUCAGUCAUCCAGCAUGAGCAUCCGAUUGCCAAAUAUAUGGAAUGUUUGUCUGUGAGCUUGUCGAUUCUAUCUGAUUGUAAUCACAUUAAAUGAAUAUGCUUGUUUCAGUCCCCGUUUCCACUAA